CAGCUUCAUUAGAUAUGUUAAAGUAGUUCACCUGGUCAGACCCCGGUGUAAUUUGGGACCAUGGCCAGAAACUGUGACAUAGACGAUGAUCCUGCUGAAAAAUUACAGUCAAUGUUCUCUGAUGCUAAAUAUAAAAAUUGCCACAAGUUGUAUAAAGAGGCUGAUGAAGCGUUCACUGAGAGCCAGUUGGAUACACUGGAGAAACUUACCCUUCAGUACCAUAUGAUGAAGGACUCACGUGUUACAAUCACAGAGGUUCUACAGAGAAGAAUGGAGAGCUUGAAGGAAGGACAGCGUGAACUUCGUGUUUACAUAGCAGGAGAGGUGGCGGUGGGUAAGUCGACCUUUCUGAACCUACUGAUGGGUGGAGACUAUUUACCUACCGACCAUGGAAGCUGUACAAACGUUCUCUGCGAGGUUCACAAUAACCCAAUGAGACUAGGAAUUAUACACUACCGGACAGGACAGCGUAUAGACAUUAAUUUACCACCUGAAUCGACUUCCGACGAAUGGAAACGGAUUCAGGCCUGUAUUAAGGACAAGACUGAUAAUCAAAACAGAGUUACUAAAGUCGAAAUAUACUGGCCAUUGACCAUCUUCAAGAGCAUGCAUCAGACAGAUGUAAAAGGAGAAGAAGCGGGACGACAUGCGAGUGGAAGUAUUGAUAUGUCAUCUGAUUCUUUGGAGAGUAUAACUCCUCGGAGGGGGUCAAUGCCAAUCAUAUUUAUGGAUUUUCCUGGUGUCGACCCUGACCACCCAGAAUCGUUUCAGCCAUAUCUUCGAAAUGUUGACAAGUGUCACACUUUCAUAUUCAUGAUUUACAUUGCCAAAGAUCAUGGAAUUCACGAUUCGUCGAUACAAAAGUUGAUGUCCGAUAUAUCCAAUGUAAUUGCUAUGGAAAGUUCAAUUUUGGAUCCCCAGGCAGCACUAUUUCUUUGUACACAUUGCCCCAAAAAAAUCAGUGAAAACGAGAGGAAAAAAUCGGAACUUACAGACAAGAUACUUGCCAGGAUCCAGAUGACUUGGCCAAUGGUGGUGAGAAGUCAGAUAGUUUUCGUUGACAAUAUGACAGAGAUGAAAGCAAAUAGCUUGAUGGAUCUUCAGAGAGAAAUCGUAGAUUUCUUAAUAAAAUCUGAACGCUUAUUACUGGAGGAACAUUGCAUGUGGUUAACACGCUUGCUUGAAUGUGCGUCUGCCUUUAUGAAAUUUGGAAACCAAUGGAAAUCUAUGGAAGAUAUUAUUCGGAUUGACACGAAAACACGUGAAUCUUUAGAAAAAGUGUUUUCUUUCCUUGAUCGUUUGAAAACUGAUUCCACUAUAGCAGAUAAAAUGACAAGCAUUCAAAUCUUAUAUGAAGACAAGAUCCGUAGAUAUUUAGAUCAUGAAAUACAAAUGGACGAACUCACAAUUAAAAACGUAAUGUCUUUGAGGGAUAAAAUAAGCCCAGUCCUUAAAAGUUUCCAACGGGCUUGCGACAUAGAGAUGGAAUACACACUGUCCAGGAUGAGGUCAGAAAUCCAAGAAAAAUUAAUGUAUGGGGAAUUUCAAGGAACCGUAGCUCAAGAUGAGAAUUCCAUAAUUGAUAACGACAAGGUCGUCCUACCUUUUGUGGCUCUAUUUCUAUGGCCUGUUGGACUUGGAAUUGCUGCUUUCGCCAUUUACGAAUUUGCAUUGUCUAUAAUGGAGAAUGACAGUAUGUCGAAACAAAAUCUCAUCAAAAAGGUGGUGGCCAAAAUCAAAGAACAUAUGGCCAGUAAUUUAAAUAAGAUUGUUCAAGAAAUGAAUAGACAUAGGAUUGAACUUGUUAAUAUCUUAAACAAAAACAAAAAACAUGCUUCAUUAAAGGGAAACACAGAUCGUUCGUCAGUUUGUGAGAAAUUUAAUGAGAUCGCCAAAAGUCUUUGGGACGUCUAUGUUGGUUCCAUUAUGCAGCACGAAUUUUCAUCAGAUGAGAUAAACGUACACUAUGACCAAGGAAUAGGACAUCAUAAUCAAAAAGUGAAUGUUUAUAAUGCUACGGUAAAGUCGCAAAAAAAUGAAAUACGUGCUGUUAAGGAAAUUCAAAUGCAACUCCGAGAAACGCGCGCAGAAGAUUCGACAAAGGAAAAGGGGGAUUAUAAAACAUCUCUUCCCUGCGACUCUUCAAUAUUUCGAGAAAGAUAUUUAUUAAAACAUUUGUCGUUGAAGAAAGCUGAUGAAGACUACCCCUUCUUUGUACAAUAUGAGGGCUCUGCUGGUCAUGUUGAAAAGGGUCAUUAUCAUUUACAGCUUGUUAUGAAGAGAUACAGGGGUAGCCUUGUAGAUGUGCUUAAAUGUACUGAUCAGAAGAGACGAAUCAAAUACGCCAAAGCGGCUGCGCGAGGCCUCCGGUUUCUACACAGACAUCAAGUUAUACACAGAGAUGUUAAACUCUCCAACUAUUUGGUUGAUGAUGACGAUAAUGUCGUGAUUUGUGACGUAGGACAUUCAAAGCACAUUGAUAGUGUCCAGACAAUUCGUGGUCGAGGAACAUUAAUAUACCUGGCUCCAGAACUUCGAGAUUCCUCGAUCUUUCCACAUACAAAAGCUUCAGAUGUUUAUUCACUCGGACUUACAUUAUGGGAGUUGAUUAAUGGUGAACGAAUUGAUCUUGAAAGGCGUUUUGAAAAGAAGAUCUUCAAAGGAAAAGGGGGCGAUGUGGAGAACUUAAUUCGCGCUUGUUUGAAUCCAAACCCUAAACAAAGACCUACAAUAUUUGAAAUUGUAGCUAAACUUGAUGUUAUCUUUUCAACAAAAUAA